UUAAACAAGUUCCAGCCGUUUAGAAAGGUGGUGUUUUCAAAAAUAAUUUGGUGGAUUUUUACCCAACGUAGAGCCAUUAAGAACCUCUUAGCCAAAAACCUAAACUUGCUUCAAAGACCAAAAAGAAUUAUUUUAAAGUGGUUUCCUGAAAGUUAAAAAGUUGUCAAAUAAAAUGGCAUCGGGAGCUGUAAUUGAACACUUAUCAAAUGAAAGUGAAUUCGAUGCCACCAAUGAAUUUCCAACGAAAACAGCAACCCCAAUGGUGAUAAUCCUGGCUAUAUAUCUGCUAACUAUUUUAAAACUUGGACCAAGCUUUAUGAAAUCAAGACCUGCAUUCCAACUUAAAUCCUACAUCGUAGUUUAUAAUAUUCUUCAGGUACUUUCUUGUGUCUAUCUGGUUCAUAGGAUUUUGUUUUCGAAACUCCCAACUCUAGUAUUUUGGAAAUGUCCUGAUAUUCCACGUGGGACUGCUGAGGAUAAGGACUUUCUGCACGUCAGUUAUUUUGCAUUUUGGUUGAAAGUCAGUGAACUUAGUGAAACGCUUGUUUUUGUUUUGCGAAAGAAACAACGACAAGUUUCAUUUUUGCAUGUUUUCCAUCAUUGUGCUACACUGUUUUUGGUUUUCCAACUUCCCAGAUCCUACAGGGGUGGUGCAGCUCUUUAUCCACUCUUUCUAAAUUGCAACGUUCACAUUAUUAUGUAUAGUUAUUAUUUAAUGGCUGCAAUUCUUCCAGAUUAUAUUGUUGCCAAAUUAACUCCAAUCAAAAAAUCAAUUACAACAAUUCAAAUGAUUCAAUUUGCAUUGAUACUUUUGCAAGUUGCUAUAACAUUGAGUAGGGGUUGUAAAAUUCCACCCACUAUGACGUCAGUUUAUAGUCUUAUAAUAAUUGCAUUUUUCUAUAUGUUCUAUGAUUUCUAUAGAAAUAAUUAUUCUAUGAAGAAGUCAAAGGAGUAAUUAAACAAUUUGCAAAAAUAUAAAAUUUAAGUAUAUCUAAUGAAUUUUAUCAAAACAAUAAAAACUAACUAAUAAUACCCACACUAAAAAACAUAUUAGACAUAAAGUUAUUUAAGGCAAUUCUUGUUAAGGUAUACUAGUACAUAUAUUAUAUCAUUGAGCUUUUAAAUAAAU